UUUGGGGAGGAGGGUUCUCCACCAGCCCCUACCCAACCAUUUCUCCUUCUCUUCCCACAACCCCCUGGAACUCAGCACACCACUCCCACCCUCAAGUAAUGAUGGUGAUGAUCCAGCCUCUUUUAAACUAUUUUGCAGAGCUCAAAGUUUAAACAAGUUGUGGCGUCUUGGGAGGGAGGGAAGCCCCCGGCCCCUGCAGAGACUGUCCCAGGUGGACCUUUGGUCUAAUUCGGUGUCAUGCAGCAUCCUACCUUGGGAGCCCCCAGUCCCCAAAGGAGGAGCAGUUUCUAAGUAGGAAGAGGGAGAAAGGAAAUGGGACCCCCCUUCCCCCCAUUUAUGGAAGUGACUUUAAGGAGAUUCUUGGGCAGGAGGGAGAAGCCAAGGCAGGAGGGAGAUUUCCCCGCCAGUGCCCAAGAUGGAGCCUUUUCUACCAAAUGACAUGUCUCUCUCUCUCCACCCCAGGGGUGCGAACUUGAAUAAAAUAUGGCGGGGAGGCAAGCCCUGCGAAGAGGAAGAGGAAGAGGACGAGGAAGGAGACUUUUGGACCUGAUAUCCCACCUUUCUGCUUCUGAGCACGCCACUUACAGUACUAGCUUUUGCAGAGUGCGCUUCCGGGGCUUUUUCCCGCAGACGACACAGCAGAUCUUGCAAUGUUUCCGCCAGCCCCUUCCUGCCCACCAACCAGCCCCCUGUGGGCGGGGAGAACGGAACAGGCUACAGAAACCUCUUUGUCUUUUUUUUUGGCAAUAAGAGACUACAAUUCCCAGCAGCCCUUUAUCUCCCAGGCUCUCUUGCAGCUGCAAAGCGGGAGGUCGGCUGCCUGGCGGGAAGGAUUUGCAAAAGCAUCUGAUGCCCAUUUUGCAAAAGCUGCGUCCAGUGACCUUGCAAGACGUGACCGCCUUUUUCAGAUACAGGCAGGGAGUGUUGCUGCAAAGCUGAGCCUUGCAUGGGAGCGGCAUGGAGGAAAAUGACGAGAACGUGAAUUUCCUGGGAAAUGCCUUCGGGCGAAAGACCAUUUGUAGUUCUUCUGGGAAGUGUUUUACUGGGAAACCUGGUCUUGAUCAGCCGCUGCAGUGUGAGAAACAGUUUGCUCUACAGUGUCAAAUAGUGAGACAAAAGAGGACCCACAAGGGAGAAGAGGCCUACAAAUGCCCUGAGUGCGAGAAGACUUUUACCUGCUCAGAAAACCUGAGGAUCCACCAGAGAGUCCACACCGGGGAGAAACCCUAUGAAUGCAGGGAGUGUGGCAAAUAUUUUUCCCAAAAAAGUAACCUUGUGAGGCAUCAGAGAUGCCACACUGGGGAGAAACCUUAUACAUGUGGGGAGUGUGGCAAAUGUUUUUCUCACAAAUCUUACUUUGUGAUCCACCAGAGAUCCCACACUGGGGAGAAACCUUAUGGAUGUGUGGAGUGUGGCAAAUGUUUUUCUAUAAAAGCUCAACUUGUGAUGCACCAGAGAUCCCACACUGGGGAGAAACCUUAUAAAUGCAUGGAGUGUGGCAAAUGUUUUUCUCUAAAAGCUCACCUUGUGAUCCACCAGAGAUCCCACACUGGAGAGAAGCCCUAUGAAUGCACAGCAUGUGGGAAAUGGUUUGCCAUCCAAUCUUCCCUCAGGCUACACCAGAAAGACCAUACUGGGGAGAAACCUUACAAGUGCAUGGAGUGUGGCAAAUGUUUUUCUCGUAAAGUUCACCUUGUGAGGCAUCAGAGAUCCCACACUGGAGAGAAACCUUAUGAGUGCACCGUGUGUGGGAAACGGUUUGCUGACCAAUUUCAUCUCCUGUGCCACCAGAAAGUCCACACUGGGGAGAAACCUUACAAGUGCCUAGAGUGUGGCAAAUGUUUUUCUCAAAACACUCACCUCGUGUCUCACCACCGGAGAGUCCACAUGGGAGAGAAACCUCACAAAUGCAUGGAGUGUGGGAAGGGCUUUGCCGACAGUUCUGGUUUGAUGAGCCACCAGAGAGUCCACACAGGAGAGAAACCAUACAAAUGCAUGGAGUGUGGGAAAAGUUUUGCUCAACGCUCAGCCGCUGUGGAACACAAUAAAAUCCACACUGGAGAGAAGCCCUAUAAAUGCACAGCAUGUGGGAAAGGGUUUGCCAACCAAUCUUCCCUCAGGCAACACCAGCAAGUCCAUACUGGAGAGAAACCUUACGAGUGCAUGGAGUGUGGGAAGUGUUUUGUUGCCAACUCUACAUUGGUGAUCCACCAGAUUGUCCACAAAGGAGAGAAACCCUAUAAAUGCACCGAGUGUGGAGAAUGUUUUCAACGCCACUCACACCUCGUGAAACAUCGGAAAAUCCAUACAGGGGAGAGAAAUCAUAAGUGCCCUGAGUGUGGGAAAUGUUAUGCUGACAAGUCUACCUUGGUCGUCCACCAGAGAGCCCACACGGGGGAGAAGCCAUAUAAAUGCACCGUGUGUGGGAAAUGUUUUACUUACAUUGCUAGUUAUAGAAAGCACCAGAUAAUUCACACUGGGGAGAAACCUUUUAAAUGUUUGGAGUGCGGAAAGAGCUUCAGUCAAAGUGGAAACUUUAGGAAACAUCUACAAACUCACACAGGGGAGAAACCAUUUAAAUGCUUGGAGUGCGGAAAGAGCUUCAUUGAUCGUGCAUCCCUUAGUUCGCAUGAAAGAAUUCACACAGGGGAGAAGCCAUUCAAAUGUAUGGAGUGCGGAAAGUCUUUCAGGUGGAAUCAGAACCUUACUAUACACCAGCGAACUCACAAAGGGGAGAAGCUAUCUGAGUGUAUGGAGUGCAGAAAGUGUUUCAAGUCGAAACAUUACCUUAAAAUACACCAGCAAACUCACACAGGGGAGAAACCAUAUGAAUGUAUCGAGUGUGGAAAGUGUUUCAAGUGGAAACAAUACCUUACUUUACACCAGCGAACUCACACAGGGGAGAAACCAUAUGAAUGUAUGGAGUGUGGAAAGUGUUUCAGGUGGAAGUAUUACCUUACUACACACCAGCGAACGCACACAGGGGAGAAACCCUUUGAAUGUAUGGAGUGUGGGAAGACUUUCACGGAUAGUGGAAGCCAUGUAAAACGAAUUCACACACGGGAGAAACCAUUUAAAUGUAUGGAGUGUGGGAAGACUUUCUCGAAUAGUGGAAACCAUAGAACACAUCAGCGGAUUCACACAGGAGAAAAACCGUUUAAAUGUAUGGAGUGUGGAAACUGCUUCAAUCAAAGUUGCAACCUUAAAAAACAUCUACGAACUCACACAGGGGAGAAACCCUUUAAAUGUACGGAGUGUGGAAAGACCUUCAGUCGUAUUGAUGCACUUAGACAACAUCGAUGGACUCACACAGUGAAGAAACCAUGAUAGCUUUAUCAUGUAUCAUGAGAUCCAUGGUUUUAAGUUUGGUAACUGCUUUCCAGACAGAGAAGUUGCUGAACUGCAACUUAUUACCAAACUUAAAAGCAUGGAGAGUCCUGGUCUGAAUAAAGACAUUGGAUUCUUAUCUCAUUAUACACACACUGUGGAAAGUGCUUCAGUGAGAGGGGAAGUCUUAAUAUUCCUCUACGGUCCCGCACGGGAGAAACCAUUUAAAUGUAUGGCAUGUGGGAAGACGUCCGCUGACAGUGGAAAACAUUUACGAAUUCACACAGGGGAGAAACCAUUUAAAUGUAUGGAGUGUGGAAAGAGCUUCAUAUGGAAGACAAACCUUACUUUACAUCAGAGAACAUCAACAAACUCACGCAGGAUAAAAAAGCAUUUAAAUGUGUGCAGUGCGGAAAGUUGUUCAGCUUGUAAUCACUCCUUCACAUCAACAAAUUCACACCUGGAAGAAACCAUUUAAAUGCCUAAAUGGGUUUAGAUAAUUGUUAAAAAGAAUGGAAUUAAGAUUUGGAAAGUACUAAGGAAGUAAGAUAAGCAAACGUAGUUGAGAGGGAAUGGAGGAAAUCGACAAAGAUUUGUGAUAUAAGAUUGAUCUGAUACCUUUUCUUUUUUAUUGUAAUGUUGGUAUUUUGUUUUGUUGUGUAUAUUUUCUGUUUCUUUUUCUGGUUUUUUUUUU